ACAUUGACAUUUAAUUUUACGUGAAAAAAUAUGGAAGCGUCAAGCAAAAAUAAAAAAUCUUAAAAACAAUUUUAUUGUUUUUGUUUAUAGUUUCGCAUCGAAAUCAUGUAAUUCAAUAGUUUUUUGAAAAAAAACAUUGUUUGGUAUUCCUUUCAGCGGAAUUAAUUAAAAUAACCUCAAAAUCAAAGUUAUGCCAAUAUGAAUACUCAAGUUUGUGUGAUUUGUUCGAAUAAGAAGCCUAUCAAUCAGACAAAUAAUAGGCUUGUGACGGAGAGCUGUGGUCAUGUGAAGUGCAUGGACUGUCUCCUGCGGGAGAAAGCUGGUUGCCAAGCUUGCCGCGGAAAUUCCAAUGGCGCUGGGGAGGAUAAAACAAGCUUAUGCUCUGAAGUACUGCUCACUGUUGAUGAAAGCAGUAGUAUUGCCGCCCGCGGAGAUCUUAAUAAAAAGAAAAAGCCUGAAACUUCACAUAUUACUGUCGAAACUGUGCCUGGAGGAGGUAGAUGUUACGUCUGUACAGUAUGCAAGAAGCGUUUCCAUGCGAGGAGUCAGGUGGCAUACCAUGCAUAUUGUAAUGGGCAGCUUAAACCAUACCAGUGUCCUGAAUGUAAUAAGAGCUUUGCCACCCUCUCCCAUUACAAAUACCACAUGCGAGUGCACCGUAACGAGCGCACGUACGCGUGUGAUGUGUGUGGAGAUAGCUUCUUCCAGAUGUCCAAGCUGCAGAGGCACAAAUUGAAACAUACUAAAGAAAAGAAGUAUGUUUGCGGGCAAUGCAACAAGGCGUUCAACAACGUGACGUCGCUACGCAAACAUGGGCUCACGCACACUGAGGAGCGGCCGUAUGCGUGUGCGGCGUGCGGCCGGAGGUUCAGGGACGGCUCCAACUACAGGAAACACCUCGCUAAACAUGAUGCGUCGCCAGCGGCGGGCGCGCGCUGCGCACGCGCGCGCGCGCUGCGGCGGCCGCACCAGUGCCCGCGCUGCCCGCAGGCCUUCCACUCCAGCAAGGACAUGCGCCGGCACGCGGCUGUGCACUCUGAUUCAAAACCAUUCCGCUGCAAAGUGUGCAACAGACGUUUCCGAAGGAAGGACAACUUGGAGCGACACAUUCGUAAUACGCAUCCCGAUUACGUCCCCGCGACGGCUGUGGAAUGCGACGAGAGCGCCCUCAACCAAGUCACGGGCGCCAACGGAACUACCAACCCCGACGAACAACGUGAAAAGUCCAUGCUUGAAAGCCUAAACCCACUUCCACCCCUGCCGCAGGAAGUCAUCCAAAAACACAUAAUGGAAGUAAAUGAAAAUGUCAGCCAAAACAAUCAAGAAACUGCCGAAAAAGUCAUAGACAAAUCCUACAUUCUAGAGGCGAAUAAUGCGCGCCAAAGCGUCAUAGUCGGGAAAUGUUUGAGCGUGGAACGAAAAGUGACUAUAAACAGUGAUGAGUACAUACAUAAGAUUCGAAAAGCGAACUCUAUGGUCAGCCAGAAAAAUGUAUCUUUGCCGCCGAUCGAUGAAGAGAAAAUUAAACAGUUGCAUCGUCUCAAUAAUUUGGAUGUUGGUGCGCCGCCCAAAAAUAUGGAGUUGUAUAAGAAGAUUUUGUAUGAAAAGCCGGAGAUUGAUAUGGGGGGGAGCAAUGAGGAGGACAAAGUCAGGAGUUCCAGCCCAGAGAUGCAUUGGAGAAGGAAAAUGAAGCUUAAUAUCAACUGAUAUUCACAGAACUGAAGGCUGAGCAGGUGGCUAUGUAGUGAGGUAUUUGAAUAGUAACGAACUCUAUUUUAUAUGUAUACUCUUUGAUACUGGACCUUUGGAGAUAUGUGAUUUAUUACUGUGACGUACACGACUGUUUUAUUUGUUGUUUUUUUUUUAUUUAGGUUAUAAGGGUCGAGUCGUAUUGCUGGACAUAGGUCUCCCGCCAUUUUCUUUCACGUAUCUUAAGCUUGUGAAAAUUAUUAAUUUUUCAAAAAUAUUUUUGUAUUUUUUACUAUAUCGAAACACUUGCUUUUCCAUUGAUAUUACAGUAAACCCAACUAAUUGUUUGAAAUUGUUAUUUCCUAUAUAUCUUGUAAAGCCUGUACGCACAGUAAUUGUAUGGACUGAUUUUUGAAUAUGUGUCUAUUUAGUAUUGAUAGCAAUAUACAAACAUAAUAUGUAGGUACUUAAGUGUAAGUAUCAAACAUGUAGCCAAUUUGAUACUGCCCAAUGUGAUCUAUUGAAUGCGUCUUGUAGCUGUUUCUUAUGAUCUAAUUUCAAAAAAUACUUAAUACACUUCGGGAUGGCGAUAAUUGCAUCACGAAUAUCUCGUGACGUUCUUGUAGGAGAGUUUUUGUUUUUUUUAUUUGCAUGUAAACGUGCGUUUACGAUAAUCCUCUGAAUGUUAUCGCCUACAAAAAUAGCAUACGAUUUCUCGUCCGAUAAAAUCGUACCGUCUAAAUGGCGCUGUCACAUACAAUUAAAGACUGGUAUAAUAUUUACAAGUUUAUGUUUCUCUUUCUUUCAUCACCAGUAUAAUAACAUACUAUUUUAUUGAUACUAUGAGAUUGACCAAAAUUUCUUUACAUCUCUCAUAUUUGGUAUGUAAGUCCUUAUUACCCCUAAAUGGGGCUUGUAGGUGACCAAUAAGCGCUCCAGGGUAAUAAUGUAGCUAGAAAAGCCCUAUAAGAAGCCCUAAAAGAAAAACACUUCACAUCAUACUGGCACUAGACAUCAUGCAUUCAGCCCAAUGACCAAAGAGGUUAAUGCGAAAGUAACUCUGUCUUUAAAACGAAAUCUGUCAUUUUAGUACUCUGUCAUUUCGCAAUCCUGUCAUUUUGAUAAAUUUGUUUUUUUAAUAAUCUGGCAAUUUGUGACAAAUUACAAAGGCGUGGCGAUUUACAAAUCUGGCAUUUUCAAUUUCUGACGUUCUCGUACCAAACUAAUGAAAAAGGCGGGAAUAGAAAACUUAUAAGUUUUAACUAGGUCAUAAAAUGUUUUAUUCGUGUAAUGCCGGUUAUUUUCUACUUACCUCACAGUUCAGAUGUAAAGCAGAGUAGUUAGCUCGAGUGUAAGAAUCAAACCCUCGAACUUCUUGGGCUGCAAUUGAUGCCUUACAGCCCUAUUCUUAAUCUACUAUUCUUUCACAUGCUAAAAUUUCACUGGUACAGAAGAUUUAUUAUUUCACAGUCAUACUGUCAUAUUUUGACGGCAAAAGUAUUUUCAGAAUGUGAUGAUUAAUACAAAUGGCGUAUAGACUUUGUGAUUAAUUUGUUUACAUUACCGAUGAUAAAUAUUUACAUAUUACGAGAAAGAGAAGCAAAACGGGUAAUAAUAAUAUUACCGAGUUAUAGGUCAACCAAAUAUGCAUUGUAAUAAAUUCUAAAGUCUUUUUCUAUAAUCGAACUUGUCAGUAAGAUUAGUCAAGAACAAAGAGUUAUAUAACGUCUCCUAUAGGUGACUAUUAUCGGGGUGACGGGGUAAAUAUCAGUCAAUAAGUUUUCUAACAAUUUAGUCUUAAGUACGUCCAAGACGAAUACUUUUAGAAUAAGCUUCGAUUCCUUUAUGUUACUAUCAAUUUAUUAUAUUCUGUGGGAGAUUUAGAAACCUUGUUAUGCUUUAUCCAAAAUAACGAACGGCUAACGGCUAUAUCCGGCUCGAAGGACUAAAUUCGAAUUAAUUUUGUUCAGACAGUUUGAUCUCAUCUUUACGCUUAAAAAGCACGGUGUGAUUUGUUGAAAUAAGGAUUAUAAGAAAUAAUUAUCAAUAAAUUAUGGAAAAAUCAAAGAGUUUUUAUUAUGAUACUUAUAGUGAAAAUCGACAUAAUGAUGUUUCUGAAUCUUAUUCGUGUUUUAAUUAAGUAAAAAAUGUGUUUUAUAUUUUUUUAUUCGUUAUUGUGAUGAGAAUUGAGACAAAAUCAAAUUAAUGUUUUACAAGUUUUAUUUUAAGAAGUUUGUUUUUGCAUACUGUGUCCUUAAUGAAAUUAAUUAAAAUGGUUGUUUUUAAAACGAAAUAAUUUACGCAUCUACAUCGAUUAAUCUGUGAAAUAUUUUCUUAAACAGUUUUACUUGACUCACAUAAUUUUCUUUCAAAUAAUUUGUUUCAUUGUGACAUUACUAUGAUUAAGAUUUCAUUUUUAACAUUAAUGUUCUGUAGCUGAAACAUAACCUAGCAAAUUUGUCAUGUCACUGAAAAAUGAACCUACAAUCUACAGUGCAUAAGGCUUAUAUUUAAAUUAUCGUUAUUUUUGGUGUGAGUGCUUUAACUUCAACCAUCGAGUCUAUCGCAUGACUACUUGAUAGUGGGUAAGUUAAAGCAAAAGUAUCGAUAGCUUGGAAAGAGGUAGUACUAUCGAUAGUUGUUUUAUUAUAAAAGAACAAUACUAUCGAUUCUAUCGUUGGUAUCAAAAAAUAUGCUUCGACACUAUUGAAAGUAUUGCACUUUUUAGGUAUUGCCCCCUUUUGGGCUAUAGACAGUAUCGAUAGUUCGUUCAGUGAUAGUAUCGAUACUAUUGAUUAGUAUUAUCAAUAUUAUAGAUGAUUAACUGUCGAUACCAAAAAUAUCGACGUGUCAACAACACUAUUUCACACGUAGCAGGCGAUUUGUUAGAUUUAUGUUUUUCAACACUACGGAACAUGGGCUUUUAAUAAAAUUCAUAAUUUUCUCAUUAUGUUUAGGAUAUUUAUGUUCAAUUGCCAUUUAAAAAAGAUUGGCCCCAAUGUGAUUUGAGCUCGGCCAAAAAAACUGUGUGAUACGGAGCAUGUGGCUUGUUAUAUCAAGUUGUAUAUAGUUAGUGUAUGUAUUGUAUGACGACUGAAGACCCUGAUCUCAACUCGCACGUUGAUCUCACGUAUUUUAAGAUGUAAGUGGAAGGUUACAGCCACGCCAAGUCUCCACGCGCAAUUUUGCAACAAAUGACACCUAUAUGUCUCCAUUUAAGAAUAAUUAAACUAUAGGUACUUAAAGAAACUGCAUGUUGAUCUAUCGUGACCUGUGAAAACACUAUAACCAAAAUCAAAUCAUUUAUUCAGAAAUUAGGCCUUCAUAGGCACUUUUUCACGUCAUAUUCUAAAUUAAAUUAUAUUUACCAAAGCUACAAACCAUUAAACCAUAAAAUGUUGCCAUCCUUUAAAAUGUUGAUUUUGGUCCCAUGAAUGCCUCAUUUGUAUAUUUAAGUAAAAAGAUAUGGCAUGAUAUACAAGGUGAUAAACAAACUUGGUUUAAACAUUUAUGAAUUAUGGUUUUUAAACUUUCAAAGGUGUCAUUUUAAAUAUCUGCGGAUAUUUUUUAUUUCGAAUUAAAAGUUUUCUUUAACGAAUAUAUUACUGAAAACGUAUGAUUUGAAAUUAGGCUGGAUAUGUUAGAUAGACUACGAAAAACUGGAAAGUGACUAGAUAAGUAUACGCUAUUUUACCACACAAAUUCCAGUCACAUAACAAACGCAACAAUAUCGUGUGAGGGGUCCUAUUCUGAAGUUGCAGCAACCUUUCAGUUUACGAUUUCGACGUAAAUUGAUCUUAAUUACCACUAUAAUAGGGUUUAUGAUUUGGUAUGAAUGGUCGUAAAUUUCUAUGUAUUAUAUCAUUCUGUACUACGGGUACCGCACUCAGUGCAAACUGUACCUUUAAUGUCGGUUCAAUUUAGCAACCCUAUACAAUUUCAAUUUCAUAAGGCCGUUCACACGAGCAAUGGGGUAACUUCAGAUGAAAUCCCCAAUUGAUUUAACUAGAGACCCAAGUGACGAUCUCGUUAUUAUAAAUGCAUCGAAUAGAACCUGCGAGGUGCCGGCGCCUCAGUUAUUGUUUUAUUUCGAAAGUUCUAUAGUAGGCGAUAUAAUGGACCAGUACGAUCUCGGUCAAUAGUUUAAAUCCAAUAUUUUAUCAUCACUCUUCAAAAAGGAAUUUGCGAACACAUUAUUGACAAUUGCUUUUUUAAACACCAUGUACCUAUUAUUAAUGUUAUUCCAAACAAAUAUUUAAAAAAAUGAAUUGUUCUGAAUCGGAUAGCUAAUUAUUUUUCUUUAAUGUUCUUUGUUUUUACUCAGUGCAGUAUCAUGGUUAGAACUUGGUCUAAAGCUCCAUACACACCGGAUGCGUAUGCAGCACGUAUUUGGCACGAUUGUGCAAAAUCGUGCUGCAUACGCAUUCAGUGUGCAAAUUAUGUAUGAAGCGAUAGAGGCGAUUCGCGCUAUAAAUCUGGAAAGCAUUUAUUUAUGUUUCGCAAUCGACUGUAAUUACAGCAACCCUGUGUAUUCGACGCUCAUAAUGCGUAAUUCGGCAUUACAAAUCAUAGUUUACAUUAUUUUGUUAUGGAUUUGUGUAUUUUACUAAUAUUUUAUGUAGUUUGUUUGUAAAAUGUAUGCGAUUUUAUACGAAUAAAUUUAAUAAAGCUUA